AUGGGGGAGAUCCGAGGGCUCUUCUGGUGCUGUUGUUCUCCUGCAGGCUCUGCCCGGGCUCCGUUCCCCUCGGGGGGCUCCAUCAUGUCCUGCUUCCCGCAGCUGUGGCGCUCCAGCACGCCCGAGUCUCCGUCCAGCCCGGAGCCCGGCGCGGUGCCCGGGGCGGUGCCCGGGGCGGUGCCGCUCAGCCCGCUGGCGCUGCCGUCGCCGGGCGAUGCCCGCAGGAAGGGUCGCUCCCCCUUGGGCUCCCCGAGCUGCGCCAGCCCCGGCUCUCCCAAGCCGGCCUCGCCCGUCGAGUGCUCCAUCUGCUUCAACACCUACGACAACACCUUCAAGACGCCCAAGCUGCUGCAGUGCUCGCACGUGUUCUGCCUGGAGUGCGUGGCGCGGCUGAGCGCGGCGCUGGGCGCCGGCCAGGAGCUGCUGCCGUGCCCCUUCUGCCGCCAGCCCACCAGCCUGCCCAGCCAGGGCGCGCCCGGCCUGCGCACCAGCCGCGAGCUGCUGGCCACGCUGCCGCCCGAGCUGCAGCACGAACGCGAGCUCUGGAUGGACGGCACCAAGCUCUGCUGCCGCCGCGCCUCGGCCGACGCCGAGAACCCCGAGUCGUGUCUGUCCGUGGACGUGGCCCUGAGCAAGGCCGAGAGCGCCGAGGCGGCUCCGGGGGGGCUGGCGGGGCGGCUGUCGCGCUGCGAGCUCUGCGACGACUGGAAGCGCGUGGUGCUGCUCUCGGCGCUGCUCAUCAUCCUCUUCUGCAUCAUCCUGUGGCCCGUGCAGUGCGCGCUCAAGACGGGAAACCUGCGCUGCUUCACGCGGACUGCGGCCGUCAGCCGGCCCGAGCUGCUGCCCCCCAAAGCCACCGCGGCGGCCGCGGCGGUGACACGGCCGCCCUUCCAGUAGGGACAGGCCACUGGGGCUGCUCAGGGAUGGGACCUUCUGUCCUGGUCACAGGGCCACCCUUCCAGUAGGGACAGGCCACUGGGGCCACUCAGGGAUGGGACCUUCUGUCCUGGCAGAAUUUGAGAGAAAAUCCCCAUUCCAGUAGUGCCAGAGCCUCUGGAUCUGCUCAGGGAUGGGGACAAGGACGGGGCUGUCUGUCCUGGCAGAAUCUGUCACACGGCCGCCCUUCCAGUAGGGACAGGGCCCUGGAGCCGCUCAGGAAUGGGGACAGGGACAGGACCUGCUGCUCUGACAGGAUCUGGGACAAAACCCCUCUGCAGUAGCACCAGGAGCUCCUGGAUCUGCUCAGGGAUGGGGACAAGGAUGGGACCUUCUGUCCUGGCAGAAUCUGAGACAAAAUCCCCAUUCCAGCAGAGCCAGAGCCGCUGGAUCUGCUCAGCUCCACGGGGACAAGGGACAGGACAAAGCCCUUUGUCUGUCUGUCUGUCCUUUCUGCUCGGCUCCACGGGGACAAGGGACAGGACAAAGCCCUUUGUCUGUCUGUCUGUCUGUCUGUCCUUUCUGCUCGGCUCCAUGGGGACAAGGGACAAGCCAAAGCCUUUCCUGGAUCUGUGCUCCACCCCCAGGGCGGCGGUGCCAAGCAGGACCCGCUGCAUUCCUGAGAUCCUGGGCAGGUCCCACAUCCCCGCUCAUCGCGCUCCCGAGCCUCUGGAAUGUCAUUGUCCCUCUGGAAUGUCCUGCCCGUGCCUCUGGAAUUUCCUUCCCGUGCCUCUGGACUGUCCUUGUCCCUCUGGAAUGUCCUUCCCUUGCCUCUGGACUGUCCUUGUCCCUCUGGAAUGUCCUUCCCGAGCCUCUGGAAUGUCCCCGUGCAUCCUGCUGCAGGCUCUCCUGGAAUCCGGGGCUGGGAAUGCACCCAGGGCUCCCCAGGCUCCCCCUUCUCCAGCUCCUGAGGGAAUAAAGGGAUUUUUUUUUCUUUCCUGGA